AUGCCCCCUUCCCCUACCCCCUGCACCCUACCCCAUGUACCAUACCCCCUUCCCCUACCCCCUGCACCCUACCCCAUGUACCAUGCCCCCUUCCCCUACCCCCUGCACCCUACCCCAUGUACCAUGACCCCUUCCCCUACUCCCUGCACCCUGCCCCCUUCCCCUGUACCCUACCCCCUCACCGGAAACCCCUACCCCCUCACCCUACCCCCUGCCGCUUGCACCAUGCCCCCUACACCCUACCCCCUGCACCCUGCCCCCUUCCCCUGCACCCUACCCCCUCACCGGAAACACCUCACCCCCUCACCCUACCCCCUGCCGCUUGCACCAUGCCCCCUACACCCCAUCCCCUGCACCCUGCCCUGCCUGCUGUUACUGGGGAGUAACUCAUGCAGAGAAAUGGCUUGUGGGUAUUCGCCAUCUCGUAUUGUCACUUUUGUGAUUGGAACGCUCCCGGCCCCUUCACCACACCUCCUCUACACCUUCACCUUCACCACACCUCCCCCACACCUUCACCACACCUCCCCCACACAUUCACUACACCCAGGUUCAGCCUCCCCCAUGGCUUUACCACACCUCCACUGCAACUUCACCACACCUCCCCCAUGCCUUCACCACACCUUCCCCAUGCCUUCACCACACCUUCACCACACCUCCUCCAUGCCUUCACCACACCUCCCCCACACCUUCACCACACCUUCACCACACCUCCCCCAUGCCUUCACCACACCUCCCCCACACCUUCACCACACCUUCACCACACCUCCCCCAUGCCUUCACCACACCUCCCCCAUGCCUUCACCACACCUCCCCCACACCUUCACCACACCUUCACCACACCUCCCCCAUGCCUUCACCACACCUCCCCCAUGCCUUCACCACACCUCCCCCACACCUCCCCACACCUUCACCACACCUCCCCCAUGCCUUCACCACACCUCCCCCACGCCUUCACCACACCUCCCCCAUGCCUUCACCACACCUCCCCCAUGCCUUCACCACACCUCCCCCAUGCCUUCACCACACCUUCACCACACCUUCCCAUGCCUUCACCACACCUACCCCACGCCUUCACCACACCUCCCCCAUGCCUUCACCACACCUCCCCCACACCUUCACCACACCUCCCCCAUGCCUUCACCACACCUCCCCCAUGCCUUCACCACACCUUCACCACACCUUCACCACACCUCCCCCAUGCCUUCACCACACCUUCACCACACCUCCCCAUGCCUUCACCACACCUUGUAG